CCGAUGGCUCUUCAACAACAGCAACCGCCUCCUCCGUUUCUCAGAUCUAUUCUGAACAAGUACCACAUCGAUGAUUUGUCUGAUUUACGGCCACACGUUACCCUCACCUUCGCACAAUCUAUUGAUGCAAAGAUAGCGGGUGUGAAGGGAAAACAGCUCAUUCUUAGCGGGAAGGAAAGCAUGAUAAUGACUCACUGGAUGAGGACAAUGCACGAUGCGAUCUUGGUUGGUAUUGGAACCGCUUUGAAUGACAAUCCUCAACUCAACAGUGAGUUCUCAACGAAAGAGCCGGACCCUAGCAAGAAUGGCCAUGAUAGACCAUAUUCCCUACCGCGUCCCAUUGUUCUCGACUCUCACCUUCGCCUUGACCCUGCAUGCAAAUUGCUUAUCAAUUUCCAGAGUGGACUAGGUCGCAGGCCUUGGAUACUCUGCUCCGAACCCGAUGAAUUUGAAGAACGAAAGCUAUGGGAAACUCGUCGAAGCGCUCUGGUUAACGCAGGCGCUAUAGUUCUGCUCGCCCCUAGCCAAAAUAAAGAUACUUUAAAUGUUUCUGCUUGCCUCAGUCUUUUGCGUGAAAGGGGCAUCCGUUCACUCAUGGUAGAAGGAGGUGCACGAGUGAUUAAGUCUUUCUUUGCGGAGGAGUACUCGCCAUCUUUGCCAUCGAACAGUAAAGGCAUUAUUGAUACCAUCAUUGUCACUGUUUCACCCGCCUUUGUUGGCGACGCUGGCGGUGGGUAUAAUGUUGACGUCGAGGAGGAUACUCGUUUUGUCCACGACUCUACGGAGGUAUUCGGAAGGGACACUGUUAUUGCCUUCUCCCGCGCGAAUGAAUCAGUUGACUUUCACUCAACUUGAUGAAUCCUGCUGCUUAAAAUGAACCUCAAAAUAAUACCGCGCUGGUUCUGGUUAAGUCUUGGUCGCAUCGAUUUUUCCUUUGAUUUUCCUUCCAUUUCCUCACACCGGACGCAUCUACCGGCACACAUUGGCACCAUGUGCCGCCUCCCAUAUACCAGCGCACAUUGCCAACCAUGGUCAAAAAUAGGUCAUGAGCGCUGGCGCCAAUGUGCGCCAGUGGAUGCCUCUGGUGUCAGCUGUACGGCGUUAUUGUAGCAUGUAUCCCGUUCCAGGCGAUUUUGUUUCAACUUUGUACUUUGUUGGCAGGCGUAAACCCAGAGCGGAAUUGGAUAGCCAAACCUCCGAGUUUUAUAUCAAU